GUACUAGCUAGUAUCUGAGAAUUCAAAAGAAAAUGAUAGUCUACCGUGGAAUGGUUUGGAUACGAUACAAAACUUUGCUCAUGGGGUUUGCAAAGAUGGUUUUUUUCGCUAUUAUUUUUACGUUUAUUCUAGAAACAGGCAUAGUGUUUGGAGAUGAACCGAAAAAUGUGGAAGUUCAACGUGCAGAAAGCUCUUCUACGAGUACAACACAGUUGCCACCGUUGCGCUGCUUCUACCCGUGUCCCUUUAAAGUUGAUCCUGUUUGUGCUACCAAUGGAACUAAUUACAAACUAUUUACAAACAAAUGUAUUUUCGAUUCAUUCAAAUGUGAGGAACGAGCAGCGGGUAUUACACAUUGGAAUGAAGUCAAACUAAUAUUCUGCAAAAAGAAAACUAACAAAACCCUUGAAACUUGCAAGAAAAACUGUGAUAACCACGCAGCUCCGAUAUGUGCUUCCGAUGGACAUAUUUUUACUUUCUUCUGGAAUAAUUGUGAAAGAAGUGAACGGGAAUGUGUCGACGGCGUAAAAUGGCGCAAGGUUGAUUUAGCUAGUUGCGCUCGAAACAGUACUUGCCAAAACGUUUGCCCGGACGACGAAAAUUAUGUUUGUGGUUCAAAUGGAGGAUCAUAUAGUUGGUUCAAAAAUAUUUGCUUGCUGGAGUUGAGGAAUUGCAAUAGUACAGAGACACAUUGGCAACAAGUCGCACCUUGCAAAUGUGUGCAUAAAUCCGAGAAAAUAUUAAGAAAAUUAUGCAACCAGAAAUGCGUUUCUAUAUAUGAACCAAUUUGUGCCAGCGAUGGUUCAACGAAUAAAACGUUUCACAACACAUGCGAAAUGACUUUGCAUAACUGUUUAAAAUGUUCCAAUUUUACUGUGUUACGUUCUCAAAGAUGCAGCUAGUAUGUAAGUGCGUACAAUAAUGCAGUUAUGUGAAUUAUUUAAAGCGCAUAACUUUCUUCUGAAUUUUUAUAAACAAAUAAAAUCCCAAAAGGAUAAUUAAAAUCUUUUUACUACAAUAU